AUGGUCACAUUAGUAUAUGCUAAGUGUGACAGAAUUGAGAGAAUUGAAUUAUGGGAUUCAUUGUAUAGUCUUGCAUCAGAUAUAACUAUUCCUUGGCUUGUUGGUGGAUACUUCAAUGUCAUCACUGAUGAACAUGAGAAGUAUGGGGGGAGUGUGUAUACAUGGGGGAAUGGAAGAGGUGCUGAGGACUGCAUAUUUAAGAGAUUGGACAGGUGUCUUGGAAAUUUUGAAUUCCAACAGCUUUUUCCAGGAUUGGAGAUCACUCACUUGAUCAAAACAGGCUCAGACCACUCCCCCUUACUUGGAUCAAAUUAUGGGGACAUUUUUCAGCAAAUUACUAAUCUAGAAGAGGUUGCUAAAGCUUAUGAAGUGCAGUUUGAAUCAAACUCGUUUUUGGCUAAUAGAGAGAAAAUGCAGAAAGUGAAUGCUGAACUUAUAAGAAUAUAUGUAUUGAAGGAGGAGUUUUGGAAGCAAAAAGCUGGCAUGACAUGGUUUGAGGAUGGUGAUAAAAACUCCAAAUUUUUCCAUGCAUAUCUAAAUGGGAGAAGAAAGAGGCUGCAACUUAAAAGAAUUCAAAACAGUCAGGGUCAAUGGUUGGAAGAAAAAGAACACAUGGCUGAGGAAGCUGUGAGAUUCUUUCAAGCACAGUUUUAG